AUCCGCUACGAAGAGAUGGCGUCUUCUAUGGUGAGCACGGUGGGAGCUCGCUUCUCGUACGCCCCUACGCGGAAGGCUAAAACAGAGGCGGAUGCAGGCGGUCCUCUUCCGCGCCGCGCCGUCGCGGUCAGGGCUGAGGGGGGCGUCAACCCGGAGAUCCGAAAGGCGGAGGAGAAGGUCGUGGACUCCGUCGUCGUCGCUGAGCUCUCCAAACCCGUCACCGCCUACUGCCGGUGUUGGAGGUCGGGGACGUUCCCGCUGUGCGACGGGAGCCAUAUGAAGCACAACAAGGCUACGGGUGACAACGUGGGGCCUUUGCUGCCUCAAGAGUGAAGUGAAAUUUGGACUCCAA